GUCAGCUCACAUUUCGGAUUCCAGCCUUUUUAACAUCCCUGAAGCUGUUUAUUUUCACCUUGGGAUAGGGCUACAUUUAUGACGUUGGGUGCGAUGAUAAGAGGCAACAACGGCAAAGACAAGCAGGAGAAGCCGGGAUGCGGGCGGCGCACUCCCACCUUCAUGUCAGCGGAGGACCUGGCUUCGGGUCGGAAGAGCCACUGGCAGGAGCUCGAGAUCACGGGCAUGGUGCGUAACAUCAGCCCGACGGUGUGGCGUCUGAAGCACCUGACGGCGCUGUACAUGAGCGAGAACUCGCUGGUGUGCCUGCCGUCCGAGAUCUGCCACCUGACUCAGCUCUCCUACCUGGACAUCUCCAACAACAAGCUGCGGCGGGUGCCGGCCGAGCUGGGCGAUCUGGUCAACAUGCGGGAGCUGCACCUGAACCACAAUCUCCUGCGGAUUCUCCCUUACGAGCUCGGCAAGCUGUUUCAGCUGCAGGUUCUCGGGCUAAAGGGUAACCCGCUGGGGUCGGAGAUAAUGACGGUGUACCAGGAGCAGAACGGCACCCAGCGGCUGCUCACCAUGAUGCUCAACAACCUCGAAGGUCAGUUAGCAGGUCAAGGUCGGCCGGCCGCAGUCUGCCAGGCAGGCCACAGACCACCUGCAGGCUCACAGGCCAUCAGGCAGGCCCACAGACCACCAGGCAGGCCACAGACCACAGACCACCAGGCAGGUCCACGGACCACAAGGCAGGUCCACAGACCACAGACCACCAGGCAGGUCUACAGACCACCAGGAAGAUCCGCAGACCACCAGGCAGGUCCAUAG